AUGGAUGACAAAAUUAAUUCUAAACCUCAGUCAUUUUAUGGAUUUCCUUCAAAUGUUCCAAUCCAACUUAAACAAGCAUAUGCACAACGUGGAAUCAAAAAACUUUUUCAAUGGCAAUCGGAAUGUUUAUCAGAUUCAUCACUUUUUGCUCCAGAUUAUUCAAAUUUAAUUUAUUCAGCACCAACAAGUGCAGGAAAAACAUUAAUUGCUGAAGUAUUGGCUGCAUGUAAUUGUUUGGAAACUGGACGUCGAACAAUUUUUGUUCUUCCCUAUAUUUCUGUUGCUCGUGAAAAACUUCUCUACUUACAAUCAUUAUGGCGUUCUAUUGGAUUAGUUGUUAAACCAUUUAUUGGCGCCUCUUCCACGAGUGUUAAUGGGUGGUCUGCUGCUGUUUGCACUAUUGAGAAAGCUAAUGCUCUUUUAAAUGCCCUUAUAGAAGUCGAUUCUGCACAUGAAAUUGGUUUGUUUUUCAAAGAAUUUAAAUUUUUUAUUAUUAAGGAACUGUUGUUGUCGAUGAAUUACACAUACUUUUUGAAAGUGAACGUGGCGCCGUUGUUGAAAAUUUGA